ACCAAUAUUUACCACUACACUCUGAAGUCGCAUAUAUAAAGAGGUCGAAUUUUGCUCCGUUCAAAGCACGCACACGCCUCCACACAAACCUCUUCCUGCGUCUCUCUCUCUCUAGCGUUCUCUCAUCCUUUCGCUAAAACCCUACGUGAAAGGAAAGUCACCAUGGUUGAUCAGCACCCUACAAUCAUGGAGAAGGUCACUGGCCAGAUCCAUCGUCGAUCUGGUGUCUCAUCGGGUUAUGGUGGAAGCUUCCGUCAACCUGCAAUGUUCCAAAAAUACUCCUAUGGGAAUUACUCAAACGCUGCAUUGGCACCUGCAUGCAGGACAACUGUUGAUUUAUCUUCAGUUGCUACCAAUGCUUCUCCUAUGUUUGUUGCUGCUCCAGCGGAAAAGAGCCAUUUUCUUAUUGACUUUCUCAUGGGUGGUGUUUCAGCUGCAGUUUCAAAAACUGCUGCUGCUCCCAUCGAGCGUGUUAAGCUUUUGAUCCAAAACCAGGAUGAGAUGAUCAAGGCUGGUAGGCUUUCUGAGCCAUACAAGGGCAUUGGUGAUUGUUUUAAAAGAACAACUGCCGAUGAGGGUUUGGUUGCUCUAUGGAGAGGAAACACUGCCAAUGUCAUUCGUUAUUUCCCCACUCAGGCAUUGAAUUUUGCAUUCAAAGAUUACUUCAAGAGGCUUUUCAACUUCAAGAAGGACAGAGAUGGUUACUGGAAGUGGUUUGCUGGCAACUUGGCAUCCGGAGGUGCUGCUGGUGCCUCAUCCCUCUUGUUUGUUUACUCACUCGACUAUGCCCGUACCCGUCUUGCCAAUGAUUCUAAGGCAGCUAAGAAGGGUGGAGAAAGACAAUUCAAUGGUCUUGUCGAUGUCUACAAGAAGACCCUCGCAACUGAUGGAGUUGCUGGGCUUUACCGUGGUUUCAACAUCUCCUGUGUUGGAAUCAUUGUGUACCGUGGUCUCUACUUUGGAAUGUACGAUUCCCUCAAACCAGUUCUUCUGACUGGAAAAUUGCAGGAUAGCUUUUUCGCCAGUUUUGGACUCGGAUGGCUCAUCACCAAUGGUGCUGGUCUAGCCUCAUACCCAAUUGACACAGUUAGGAGAAGAAUGAUGAUGACAUCAGGAGAAGCUGUCAAGUACAAGAGUUCCUUGGAUGCAUUCCAACAAAUCCUGAAGAACGAGGGAGCUAAGUCAUUGUUCAAGGGAGCUGGUGCUAACAUCCUCCGUGCCGUUGCUGGUGCUGGUGUGCUUGCUGGUUAUGACAAGUUGCAGGUUCUUGUUUUCGGCAAGAAAUAUGGAUCUGGUGGAGCUUAAUUAUUUUUAGUGUCUUUUAAGUCAAAUUUAUUGUUUUUAGAUGGCGAUGAAAAUCAUUUAUGUUCCGAGAGUUUAGACUAAUUGCUGCAGCAAAUUUUGUUUAAUAAAUUUACUCGGUGGGAUGCUCCCAAACUCUUUUAUGUUUUGGUUGGAAAGUUGAAAUUGAAAGCAUGAUUUAUUGGAGUGGCAGGAUAAGUAACUGUCACUUGGAA